AUGGUUGUCCAAGGGUCUUCUUCCAAACGGCUCUCGCUUAUAGAUGCCGAGGGUAGUCUGAAAUGUCCUGAUGCCAGUAAAGUUCACGAGGCUGACGCGAUGUUCGUCCCAAAAAAACCAGCACGCACUCGGAUGAGUCGCAGUCUGCCAAAAAGGAUUCGGCGACCUAUGGAAGAGGCCCCAACUUUUUUCUCAAAAAGUCGACUACAGGGGAUACAGAAGAUGAGCUGGCUUUUCGUGAAAUGCGGAACUGCUGUAAAUCAGAAAUCCGCCAAUGGAACAUACGAAAACAAGCCACUAUCCUGGACAUCGCUCGAAAAAAACAAAAACGUAUUGUUCAGAUACAUGAGACCACCGCGGAAACAAGCCAUCCGCGUUCUCCUUGAGAGACAGGAACGGAGAACAACAACCCAACAGUGGUAUCUGAGGUUUACAGACAAAAACGGAUGGCCACCUCUCUGUUUACGCCACUCUGAAUUGGGCAUGGAAAACAGCACUCUUCGGCAAACGAUGGUUCGGCAUACGUAA